AUGAACACUCAUUUUGACCACAAAUGUGCGUUUUGUGACUACACAUCACGUACUGAAGGCCGACUCAAGAGACAUAUCAGAGACUUUCACUCAGAGAUACCUCCGGACAGUUGGGCCGGUAAUAGAGUGUUGAAAGAAAGUAGUGAACUCGACGGCGACGACAGCAUCGAUGGCACUGAUGCCAGCGUUAACGGGAGUGGAGGCAACUCUAAGUCGAGGAAAUAUAAGUGCAAACAAUGCGAGUUUGUGGCCACUUGUAAACAGGAGUUCUGGGGCCACUCCAAGGCACACAUCAAGUCUGAGAAACUCUUGUCGUGUACUAAAUGUUCUUUUGUCACCGAAUAUAAGCAUCACUUGGAAUACCAUUUGCGGAACCACUUCGGGUCGAAGCCAUUCAAGUGCGCCAAAUGUAACUAUAGUUGCGUUAAUAAGUCUAUGCUUAACAGUCACAUGAAAUCGCAUUCAAAUAUCUAUCAAUAUCGUUGUGCGGACUGUAGUUAUGCCACAAAAUACUGUCACAGUCUUAAACUCCAUCUCCGCAAAUAUCAGCACAAACCCGCAACUGUCCUCAAUUUGGACGGCACUCCCAACCCAUACCCUGUUAUCGAUGUUUACGGCACCCGACGGGGACCCAGACCUAAGAAAUCGAAACCAAAUAAAAAUAGUCAAAAUCAACAAAAGUCUCAACAUUUGGAUUCAUCCCUUUCAACACCAAUGAUAUCUUCACCGCUUUCGCCAAAUUUGUUAAACAUAACACCCGUUCCUCCAUUAAUACCCGCAUCGAUGCCAAUGACACUCCCUUUUAUAUAUCCUCCAAAUUCAUCGCUUCUCCACAGCGGGCUUUUAGGACAACAAUCGAUGUCACAAAUACAUCGUUUGAAUUCAUUACCUCAUUCACUAUACGAGUCGGUCGGCGCCCAAAACAUGUCCAAUUCUCCCAAUUCCAGCUCUAGAAGUCAAACUCAAUCGCCAUCCCAUAUGAAUAACAAACUAAAAUGUAAUUUUUGUGAGUUUUGCACUGAAACGCGGGAAGUGUUUGGAAAGCACUUGUUAGCACACGUGGCGGCAGAGAAUCAAGAUGUUUGUAGAAUAUAUGGUAUGACUCCGAGUGCAGAAAUGGUUCAACAAAAUGCAAUAAUCAGUGAAUUAGCCGCCAGACAAUCGCCUGAUUCACGGUGUCUUCUCGAACAGAUUGCUGUCAACCCCUCUCUCAUUAACACACUGUUGGCAAUGCAUUCUCAGCCCAAAGCCCAUCACUUGACACUUGACUGGCAUUCAGCUCAAGACUCUCCCGGCGUUGAUAUAUCGCCGCAAUCGAUAUCAACUAACAAUGAGAGCCGUUAUUUGGCUCGGCCUGAAUCCGUACCAAUUGGAGCAAACAUUAAAGGUGUACUUUCACCACUAAUACCCCGAUCCAAAAGCAGUCCCACUAAUACACACGAGUCCGUUGAGAAACACAAUAACCAAACCAAUACAAUGUCCAGACAAUUGCCUUCUGAUACAACACCACUGGAUCUCUCGAGCAAUAAAAGCACUUCUCCUUUGAUUCAAGCCAUGGACUCAAAGAAUACGGUUUUUGCAGAACAAUUGCCACAAUCAUCACUUGUCUCAUAUCCACUGAAUAAGCAAACAGAUGAGCAUAAUAUGUCUAUAUGUGUGCCGAGUAGUGGAGCGCCUCCACAGCCACCACCUCCUCCUCCAUCCGAAAGUCAAUCUGAAAGACAACAGUCUAGAGCUCAAAGACGAAAGGGAAGGGCGUCUAAGCUUAAUGUGAAUCGUUGUACGAAAAUAAUUAGCCAAAGCCUUAAAAAUGAUGAAUUAAGUGAAGAUUUAUGCGAAGAGACCGGCGAUAGUGUGGUUGAAGAUAUGGAGCCCGAUGUGGACCAUAUUAUCAGCAAAAUAAAUAACGCCACUUCUCUUCUUCAGGAGAUCUUGAUUGACAUGUAUUCUCUCAAGAAUGAUGCCUACCAUUAG